AUGAUUACAGGUGUGUCUCUGCUGCUGCCCUUGGUAGUGGUUUCACUUCUCCCCGCCAUCGCUUUUGGUGCCGACUAUGGCGAUGAGGUCAAUCCCGCUUCCCAAUUCAAAACGAAAACGAUUCCAGAUGGAACAAUGCCUCCAUUGCCGGAUUUUGGAGUGCUCGCAGAGAACCGUUUGAGUUCUUGGGAUGAUGAGAAUCUUACGCUCACUACUAAUUUUUUGAUACCUGGAAACUUUCUGGCAAGGAAGCACUUAUCAAAUGGAUAUAUUGGUCUUGCUGAGGCCUCACUUGGCCCAUUUUUUGAAAGAGACUUCAAUCAAACACAUCGAGAUGGAAAGCAGCCAACGGAACCAUGGCCAGAAUUCAAUCCUCGUCAGAGUUUUGCAGGUAUUGUUGGAUUCUUCGACAGGCAACACAACACGACGGAAACAAAUUAUCCAGAACUUCUCGAUCGAGGUGAUGAGAGUGUUAUCUCUGGUAUCCCUCACUUCACUGAUAUAUAUGUCACGGCUGGUGAUCAGGUGCUCAAUGCUACUGUGGAUUUGGCUACUAUUAGUAAUUUUAGCAGUUCACUGAAUUUGAUGAAUGCCACUGCAAGUUGGAGUUACACAUGGACUCCAAAUUCGAAUGGUAGUUCAAGCUUUGGGAUUGAAUAUACAGCGUUUACUAGUGCAGCUAGAGUCAACGUCGCCGCUGUUCAACUAAUUGUCACACCGUUGAAUAACGCAACAGAAAAUAUCACUAUAACUGAUAUACUGGAUGGUAGAAGUGCUGUGAGGUCAUUUUUGGGACAGAAGGGCCAUGACGAUGCUGCGUCUAUUUAUGUUUCGAAUCACCCAAAUGGUCUUCCAGACGUUUUGGCAUGGUCAUACUCUACGGCAAAAUUAUCAAACAGCAGCUUGAGCUCUGUUUCACCAAGGUCCAUCGUAUCUCCUAACAACAAUUCUAUGACUAUUGGACAAGAAUGGAAUCUCGAGCUAAAAUAUGGGCAUCCGAUCACUUUUCAAAAGUUCGUUGGUAUUGCCUCGACAGACAAAUUUCCCAACGCACAAAUGACAGCAGCUCAAGCUUCUGAUAACGCAACAAGGGAUGGAUGGUACAUGCUUCAUACUGAGCACACUGCAAUCUGGAACCAACGUAUGCAAAGCAAAGUCGUCGAUUACAGGAACCCUGUCACCGGUCGCCUACCAGAGAACGAUACCACGGCUGAGGUUGAUCAAAUCAAUGCUGCUGUUAGUCGAUACAUGAUACUUCAAACGCUCCUUCAAGAAGAUGGGAAUGAUCUGAACGACAACGGUAUUAGUGUUGGGGGAAUUACUGCUGAUCCAUACGCUGGUAUGACCUUCUGGGACAUGGAUAUUUGGAUGUUCCCUGGUAUAGCUCUGGCUGAUCCUGAUUAUGCUCUUCAAAUGAUCAAAUACCGUGUCAAGAUGUAUUCUCAGGCCAAAGCCAACGCACAAGAAGAUUACGUACAGGAAAAGUACAAGUUCAAUGAUGAUUCAAUCUUGUAUUCUUGGACUUCAGGAAGAUAUGGCAAUGCAACUGGAACAGGUCCCACAUUAGAUUAUGAGUAUCAUAUCAAUACUGAUGUGGCAAAGAUGAUGUUGGACUACAGAAGAAUCACUCGCAAUGAGGAAUACUUCAGAGAAGAAUUAUGGCCAGUAGUCGAGAGUGUAGGGCAUACUAUUGAGGGAGUACUCCAGAAGGACGACCAGGGAAAAUGGAACAUCUGGAACAUGACUGAUCCUGACGAAUGGACUAACCACGUCAAAAAUGGCGCCUUCACUCAAGCAUCUUUCUUCCAAAUCAUGAACUCCAUCAUUUCCAUUAAAAAGGAAUAUAAUGAAACAAUUCCACCCACUUGGCUCGACAUAGCCGAGAACAUUACUAUCCCCGUCUCUUCCUCUGGCAUUACUCUCGAAUACGAAGAUAUGCCAUCCAACAUUACCGUCAAGCAAGCCGAUGUAACGUUGAUGCUCCACCCUCUUUCCCUUCCAGAGUCAUCCAAGGCUAUAAAUUAUACGCUCGAAAGGAAACAAGCCGACCUUAAAUAUUACACACAAAAGCAAUCGCUCCAUGGUCCAGCCAUGACAUUUGCCAUUAAUACCAUUGCUACACUAAGAUACGGACGUUCUGGCUGCUCAGCCUCUACUUACAACAAGAUGGGUGUAUUUUCCAAUCUUCGCGCACCAUGGUUCCUAAUGAGUGAACAAGCCAACGAUGACACUAAUGCAAAUGGAGGAUACCCACCCGCAUUUCCAUUUUUGACCGGUCAUGGCGGCACGAUGCAAAUUGCUUUCUAUGGAUAUCUAGGUCUAGAUUCUUCGCAGGAUAUUCUAACUAUCCAACCAACUCUUCCUCCACCCAAACAAUAUCUCACGCUUAAUGAGUUCACUUGGGCAGGAUAUACAUUCAGUGCUAGCAUGAAUAACACUCAUACUAACAUCACAUUUACUGGAGUCUCGCCUUCUUCCUCCAAUCCCCAGAACACAAUCUCGGUGCCUAUGGUUCAAAAUCUCCCUGCAUCUCGCCAUCCACAACUCAAUUUCACCCUAUCUCUCAAUCAGACUCUCACGUUAGAAAAUGACAUGUAUUGGCAAGACCUCACCACCCCCAAUAAUCUUAUACAAUGUCUUCCAGUUAUUGGAUCUGACGCUACCGAAUUAAAUCGCUGGCCAGAGAGUGUCAAUGACGGGGACGUAGGAACGAGUUGGCAGCCCGAGAAUACUAAUGGGUCUUCUAUCUCUAUCGAUACAACCUCUGCGGUAGGCGAAAGAAUAAAAACAAUUAAUGUGGUAUGGGGACAACGAAUUCCUAUCAGCGCUUAUGUCAUAAUUUUCAACUCCACUGAUGCAUCUCGAGGAGAAGAGUUCCUCCUCCCUCUUCCUGAUCUUGAUGCUCCAGAUGUGGCAAAUGUUAUCGCAAUCAGAGAUGUUGAUAAGCUAGCAGACUCUAUUUCUUCAGACGGUUCUCCAGAAGGCGAUGGCGAGGAAUAUUUUGGGGAUGAUGUAAGACUCGAAGAAGGUCACAAAACGACUUAUACACUACCUGAUGAUAAAGUAUUGUAUAUGGGAGAUACAGCUGUGCUUCAGAUUGCUGGGUGUAUAGGCACAAGUUGUGGAGUUUUUGGAGAUGAGGCAGGGGCUACGGUAGAAGAGUGGGAGAUAAUUGGUGAAGCUUAG